CGCUGGCGUCUCUUUCCCACCAGGGUUCUGUUGGAGUGCCUGGUGUUCCUGGGAAAGACGGACAAAUGGGAGAACCUGGUUUGCCUGGCAUAGCAGGGGAGAAGGGAGCAGCAGGGCUUAAGGGUGACCCUGGAGAGAGAGGAGAAAAGGGUGAUGCUGGAGAAAAUGGACCAAAGGGUGACACAGGAGAAAAGGGUGACCCUGGUUCGUCUGCUGCAGGAAUUAAGGGUGAACCUGGUGAAUCUGGACGGCCUGGACAAAAGGGUGAACCAGGUCUUCCUGGGCUUCCUGGACUCCCUGGGAUAAAGGGUGAACCAGGUUUCAUUGGUCCACAGGGAGAACCUGGGCUGCCAGGGUUACCAGGAACAAAGGGUGACAGAGGAGAGGCAGGCCCUCCUGGGAAGGGUGAGCGAGGUGAAACUGGACUUCCAGGACAAAAGGGGAGAACAGGUGAACCUGGAUCUAGAGGCCCCAAAGGGUCAAAGGGUGAUACAGGUGACAGAGGUGACACGGGAUCUGUAGGUCCACGGGGGCCACCUGGACAGAAGGGUGAUCAAGGUGCUACAGAGAUAAUUGAUUAUAAUGGCAAUAUUCAUGAAGCUCUACAGAGGAUUGCCACCCUCACUGUCACGGGACCACCAGGACCACCGGGACCCCAAGGGUUGCAAGGUCCAAAGGGUGAACCAGGAUCCCCAGGAAUUCCUGGAGUUGAUGGGGAACAGGGUCCUAAAGGACUAAAAGGAGAUAUGGGUGAACCUGGAAUGCAUGGAGAAAAGGGAGGAAUUGGACUACCUGGAUUGCCAGGAGCCAAUGGCAUGAAAGGUGAAAAAGGAGAUGCUGGUUUGCCUGGUGCUCAAGGCCCUUCGAUCAUAGGACCUCCUGGACCUCCAGGGCCACAUGGUCCUCCGGGCCCUAUGGGACCUCAUGGCCUGCCUGGCCCAAAGGGUGAACCAGGGUUAAAUGGUCUUAAAGGAUUGAAGGGUGAACAAGGUCAAAAGGGUGACAGAGGGCCCCUUGGUCUUCCAGGAGCAUCUGGCUUAGACGGAAAGCCAGGACCCCGGGGUACAGAUGGCCCAGUUGGUCCCCACGGCCCUGCAGGCCCUAAAGGAGACAGAGGUGAAAAGGGAACUGUAGGUGACCCUGGACCCAGAGGACCCUAUGGCUUGCCUGGCAAAGAUGGCGAGCCUGGCCUUGAUGGUUUCCCUGGUCCUCGAGGAGAAAAGGGUGAAAUAGGAGAAAAGGGAGAAAAGGUGACCGCAGUGUUAUUAACUGUUGCUUGGUUCCUUGGACCAGUCAGCUCUGCUGUCUUUAUUCCAUAAAUCAUCCCAUUAAACCUGAUCUUUGUUUUCCCUGUGUGCCAAAAGGCAGCUCACAGAUGUGCACUAAACAAAAUCCUGUGUUAGAAAGAUCAUGAAAAUUUAUGCACAGAAUGAGUGCUACCAAUGUGUGCCAAAGCACAUCUUGUUCUUAGGCUCGCUUUCUCCACCCAUCUUACACUUGUUGAAAGUCCUUGUCAGCCUGAAACUUUUAAUGCAGACAUCACCGAAAUGAGUAAUUUUGGUAGUAAUGUCAUACAGGAGAGUCAGAGCCUCGGCAGUAUUUCAGUGUGACUGCUGACCCCAGCGCAUUGUGCCUGCACACGCUGCCUGUCCCAUACCGAGUGGCAAAGGACAGGAACUGUGCUAAUCUUUACUAUUGACAGCGGCUUAUUUACAGUUAAGAUAAGUACUCAGUGAUGCUUGUGGACUGAAAUCUUACACUACAUUUCUGGUAAACCAACCCAACAGUGUGGGUAACAGAAGAGGCCUGAUGUCAUUUUCACUGUACAGACAUGGUGGCAUGGAAAUUGUUCAGUAAAAUGUAAUUUAGGACCAAAUGAUGUAGAGAAAUACUCUAUUCAAACAAGUUGAGACUAACUGAUUUCUAGUUAGGUAACUUACUUCAGAUUGAAAUGUAAAAAUUAAUAUCAUGACCAAAACGCUGUGAGAAUGAUGCUUGUUUUUCAUUGAUACAUCUUGGUAGGCGAGUAGCUCAUUACAUCAGUUUUGAGAAUAAAUUCUAGGCCAGUGGUUUUUGUUUUAGUGUGUUGACAGCUCAAGAGUCAGUGUUUGCAUUAUAAUGUCUGCUUAACUUGGCUGUAAAAAAAAAAAAAAAAGAAAAAAAUACUAUCUCCCAUUACUUCUACAAAAUUACAGUCCAGCACAAAAACAUUUGUACAAUUGGUUUUAUAUUUUCAAGUUUUACGAGUAGAAGUCUAUUAUUUAUUAAAAAUCAUUUCUUAUGUACUGCAUCCUGCUUCAGUAAAGAAGUUUUAGAAAACUACUAAAAAGAGAAUGGCGAUUCAAAUUCCACAUUCAACUUUCCUACUGCCAAAAAGGAAAAAGCUUUAAGAAAAGAUGUUACGUGCGUAGGGCAGGAAGGGAGCCCUUAUCCAAAAGUGCAGUUGUCUUUUGAUAUAAGGGUUGUCAGAAGAGUACUGAGGUGUCAGCAGGAUGGCUGGGAAGGCAUCAUCCUAUUCCCUGUAUCUCCUGUGCUGCCACAGCUCUGCAUGUGGGGCCACAAAGAUGAUGAGGGGCCUGGAACAUCUCCCUUAUGAGAAAAGGCUGAGACCUGGGACUGUUCAGCCCGGAGAAGACUGAAAGGGGAGCUUAUCAAUGCUUAUUAAUAUCUGAAGGUGUCAAGUGAGGCAGGGCUCUUUUCAGUUGUGCCCAGCAACAGGACAAGAGGCAAUGGGAACUGGCACAUAAGAAGUUCCAUAUGAACACAAGGAAGAACUUCCUUAUGGUGAGAGUAACAGAGCACAGGACCAGGCUGCCCAGACAUGUUCUGGAGCCUCCUUUUCUGGAGCCUCCUUUUCUGGAGAUAUUCAGGACCCAUCUAGACUUUCUUGUGUGACCUGCUAUAGGAAACCUGCUUUAACAGGGGGGCUGAACUCUAUGAGGUCUCUUACAACCCCAACAAUUCUGUGACUGAAGACUGUGGCAGCCUGACUGCCUGAUCUUUUACAGAAGUGCCACAAACUGGUGUUUUUCUAUAGGUGAUGAGGAAGGAUAGGAAAGAGACCUUUUGUUUUCUUAUUCAUCUGCAUGUCUUUUCACACUCUAUUUCUGAUGGAGCUCUAUAGGUGUUGGUAAGGACAUUAAGUACUUGAUGAGUGCUCAGUCCAUGGGAAAACUGGUCACGUCUUCAGGAACUCAGACUACUCUCUACACGUAUGAGUGCUGUGUUGGUUCAGAUAGGAUCACAGGUUUGCCAUGCAAAGUUUGGAGUAUAACUAGUCACCUGCUGACUUAUAACACAGCAAGUUAAUGAAAUAGAGCUCCUAAAAACAUGAAGGAGUUGGAAAUCAAACUGUACUAUCUGUUGUUAUAAUCAUUUUUAAGCAUGUCCAUGCUUUGUGCUUACAUCUACUCACAGUAAACAUAUCUGUGUUGCAGUGAGCGCAAACAAAGUGAGAUUUGACCCUAAAGCUGUUAAGAUUCUGUGCUAUAAUGCCACGCUUCUGGGUUUAACAUGAAAACACAACCGACUUGUGCUUUUUAUAUAUCACAGCCUUACAAUUUGGUACAGAAGGGUAAUGUUUGGGUUGCUUUUUUCUAAGUAUCAUCCUGAAACUUUUUGGCACACAGAAAAGAUAAACAAGGAACUUUGCCUAUCAUGUCACAAGUGCAAUAUGUUUUGUUCACGGAAAAGAUAUUUUUUCAUUCAAAUGUGCCAAGUAUGCUACGAUGCUGAAUGAAUAAUGUGCUUUCCUCUCUAUUUAAACGUGUUACAGCUAAUAGUUUUUUUAAUUUGUGUAAAA